CAGAUGGACCCUUAAAGCAUCCAUAUGAUUUGGAAAGCUCUGCUUUAGCAAUGAAAGAAGUUAUUUAGAUCAAUUUGUAUUUCAUUCUCCAUUAUGCAUCAACAAUAACCACGUAAAAACCUUGUAGAUACCAGAGAAAUCAUAUAAGAUAUCGAAACCACAUAGGAUCAGUGAAAUUGGUCAAGCAUUAUAACUCGUGUUUAUUGUAUCUCAAAAACAGCCUCGUAAAGGUGGCUGAAUAGAAAUUCUCGCAGAUCCCACCUUCCCUUAUGCUGUUGAAAGGCAUUCUUCACGUCAAAUUGAAAUAAGGCCUUUUGAUUGCAGCCAAGGCAAGAAUGUUUUCCAGUCUUUCAAGUAACGACUUCCUUCGAUGUAUUUUAAAGAAGUGUCCUAGCCCACAAAUAAAAAGCCGUAGGAGAAAUGGAUCCCAAAUUUAUACAGACUAAAUUGAAUUUAUUGAUCAUUCGAGUAAAGCCGGCCAUGUUAAAUAGUUAUUGUACAUGGUUGUUUUUGUUGGCAGAAUUAUAUUUGUGCUCACUUUCAUCUUUAUUUGUAAAAGUGCAUGCUAUUUUUAGGUCAUACACAAUUCACAAGUUGAAUUAUUUCAAAUUUAUCUUUGUUGUGGUACUGCAAGUGUCUAACAUAGGGUAGGAAGAAGCUUAUGGUAUAAUGGCAUUCUUAAUUGUUCCUUAUGCAUAUUUCCCGUGAUUAUCAUUCAUAUUCUUGAGAAAAGUUAAUAGUUUUGCAAAAUCUUCUGUUCAUUUUUAACUUCUGGUACGCUAAAUGCUUUACCAUUCCUUCCAUCUAAAUAUUAACAUUAAAGAUUUAAUCAAGUCAAUCCAAGAAAACUCGUCUUUCGAAUAAUGUUUUUCCUAAGAGGGAUGAAAGUAUUGUUACAUAAUCCUCAUAAGUGGUAUUCCAGUGCUCCAUCUCAUGUCCAGAAGAAGACAUUCUAUAUAUUCAGUGUAAAGUAUACACUAAUUCCCUUUUCGAUAUUGUAGUUACCUAGGUAGUUCAUCCUUGGAGUUGUCUCCUUGUAAACUCAGACGCCUUAUCUUUGUAUAAAGUAAUCUGAACUAACCAUUGUUUCUUAGAAUAUCUUUUUACAAGAAAAUAUGGCUGCAUUAGAAAACUACAAGACAAUCUCGGCUAUGUUUUAUUAGUAACAUAGAAUUCUGUCAUUAGGAUUUCAAAAAUCAUUCAUUCCUAAAGCCAAGCCAAACCUCAAAAGAUAUAACAGUAAGCGGGAGGCAUUAGCUUAUCGCAGUUUUGAAAUAAAGGAUGGAAAACAAGGAAGAAAUGAACACAGUAAUAAUUAUCUUCUCAUUUAAAAAUUAUUUCAACUAUUUCACGCGUAUAUCUUUGUUUCUAAAUUAGCAGAUACAUUUCUCAGGUGCAGAUGAAUGAUAUGGUAAACAGCAAAAGGAAAUGGCACGGAUCAGUGGGAGGAAUUGUCGAUGCACCAAUAGCCCAAGUGUGGAGCGUGGUGUCUCAAAGUAGCAGAUUAACCGAAUGGAUGCCAAUGAUUGAAAAAUGCACUAAUUUGGCAGGAGAGGAAGGUGCUCCAGGCUAUAUCCGGCUAGUAUCGGGCUUCAUGUUUCCCCAAAAAGAUGGAGACAGGUCAUGGAUAAAGGAAAGGCUAGUUUUGAUGGAUGCUUCAUCUCACAGCUAUAUUUACAAAAUGGAAGCAAGCAAUGUAGGUUUGGAUGGAUCUUUAAAUUCGUUAAAGCUUGUGGAUUAUAGCGAUGAUGAUCAUGAAUCAACUCUAGUUGACUGGACAUUUGAGAUUGAUCCUGUUGAAGGUGUGUCUGAGGAAUACAUAAUUGAUUAUUUAGGAUUUCUUUAUAAAUCAUGUAUUAAUAGGAUUGAGGGUGCUAUAUGUACAAGUUUAGAACCUACAUCCAUCUAGAAAGUGCAGUGUGAGACACGCAUACAUAUAUCAGGUACAAGUGCAAGCAAUCUAUAACAGUCCACUCUACAGAUUGUAACAGCAAGAAGUCUCCAAUGGAAGCUUAUGAUCAGCCUAUAAAUCUUACAUGUAGCAUAUAUAUGUUAUAAGAAAUAUUUCAGAUGUUUGUAACUUGUUUUGUAACAUUUUCAUUCA